AGGCGGGGCCGAGCAAGAGCAGGGGCUGGAGUCGGAGCCGGCGGUUGCAGUGGAGGCGGUGAUGUCGGUGCAGGUUGUGUCAGCAGCGGCUGCCGCCAAGGUGCCUGAGGUGGAGCUGAAGGACCUGAGCCCCUCCGAGGCGGAGCCGCAACUGAGACUGAGCACGGCGGCGGUGGGCGCCAUGGGCCCCCCGGCGGGCGGCGGAGACCCUGAGGCUCCAGCUCCCGCUGCGGAGCGGCCCCCGGCUCAUGGCCCGGGCUCGGGGCCGGCCGCCGCUCUCAGCCCUGCCGCCGGGAAGGUGCCUCAAGCGUCGGCCAUGAAGCGAAGCGACCCGCAUCAUCAGCACCAGCGGCACCGCGACGGUGGCGAGGCCCUGGUCAGCCCCGACGGCACCGUCACCGAAGCGCCGCGCACAGUCAAGAAGAUCCAAUUUGCUGACCAGAAGCAAGAAUUCAACAAACGUCCCACCAAAAUUGGACGUCGCUCUCUGUCUCGGUCCAUUUCUCAGUCAUCUACUGACAGCUACAGCUCAGCGGCUUCAUAUACAGAUAGCUCUGAUGAUGAGACAUCCCCCAGGGACAAGCAGCAGAAGAACUCUAAGGGAAGCAGUGACUUCUGUGUCAAGAACAUCAAACAGGCAGAGUUUGGACGAAGAGAAAUUGAAAUUGCUGAACAAGAAAUGCCUGCACUGAUGGCUUUGAGGAAGAGAGCUCAAGGAGAAAAGCCUUUGGCUGGAGCCAAAAUUGUGGGUUGCACACAUAUUACUGCUCAGACUGCUGUGCUCAUGGAAACUCUAGGUGCUCUGGGGGCACAGUGCCGAUGGGCUGCCUGCAACAUCUAUUCCACUCUCAAUGAAGUAGCUGCUGCUCUAGCAGAAAGUGGAUUUCCUGUGUUUGCCUGGAAGGGAGAGUCAGAAGAUGACUUUUGGUGGUGCAUUGAUAGAUGUGUAAAUGUUGAGGGCUGGCAGCCAAACAUGAUCUUAGAUGAUGGAGGGGAUCUCACUCACUGGAUUUAUAAAAAGUAUCCCAACAUGUUUAAGAAAAUCAAGGGCAUAGUAGAGGAGAGUGUCACUGGAGUUCAUAGGCUAUACCAACUGUCCAAAGCUGGGAAGCUGUGUGUUCCAGCCAUGAAUGUCAAUGACUCAGUCACCAAACAGAAAUUUGACAACCUGUACUGUUGCCGUGAAUCAAUUCUUGAUGGACUUAAAAGAACAACAGACAUGAUGUUUGGUGGAAAGCAAGUGGUGGUCUGUGGCUAUGGAGAGGUGGGGAAGGGGUGCUGUGCUGCCCUCAAAGCCAUGGGCUCCAUUGUGUAUGUAACAGAGAUUGACCCCAUCUGUGCCCUGCAAGCCUGUAUGGAUGGAUUUCGACUGGUGAAAUUAAAUGAGGUCAUCCGACAAGUGGACAUUGUUAUUACCUGUACAGGUAACAAGAAUGUGGUAACCAGAGAGCACCUGGACCGUAUGAAGAAUAGCUGUAUUGUCUGUAACAUGGGACAUUCCAACACGGAGAUUGAUGUGGCAAGUCUGCGGACACCAGAACUGACCUGGGAGCGGGUGAGGUCCCAAGUUGACCAUGUGAUAUGGCCUGAUGGGAAGAGGAUAAUACUGCUGGCAGAGGGCCGUCUGCUGAACCUAAGCUGCUCCACAGUGCCUACAUUUGUGCUCUCCAUCACUGCUACUACUCAGGCUCUCGCCUUGAUAGAACUUUACAAUGCUCCUGAGGGACGCUAUAAGCAGGAUGUCUACCUGUUGCCCAAGAAAAUGGAUGAGUAUGUGGCAAGCCUACACCUGCCCACCUUUGAUGCCCACCUGACAGAGCUGACAGACGAACAGGCCAAGUAUCUGGGACUCAACAAAAAUGGGCCCUUCAAGCCUAAUUACUACAGGUAUUAAAUUCCUGUAACUCAAGCCAGAAGUUUUAAGGAAUAAAACUCCAAGCCUUUUCUCCACUACUAUACAAGAAAGAAUUCAGCAAGCUGCUUCUCCAAUCAGAGCUGCCCGCCGUGCUCAUCCUAUGUGUUAGAUUAUUUAUUUAUUAAAAUCUAGACUCCUGUGCCUAUAGCUUUGGCCCAGUGUGUGGUUACUGCCCUGAGGGCCAUGAGAGUCACAGAGGAUAGCCUGAGGAAGGAAAGGCAUGGGGUAACUGCUCCCACUGCAUUGUUCGUGUCAUUCCCUGUGGACUCUGAAUCCUCAGCAAUGCCAUUUUUCUCUUGUUCAGGCUCAGUAGUCCAGGGAUUCCAGGCCCCUUGUUCCUUGGGGGUUUGGGGAAUAAAUUAUCAGCAGCUGCCUUUCUCAGCUUUAGCCCUUCCCCAGGUAAGGCCUUUUGGAAGCCUCUGAAUUAACACAGCCUUGAACAUCACUGUCACUGCCUUCUUUAUACAAAGGCUAGUAAGGAAGGAAUGUUAUUUAUGGCUUUGUCAAGCUACCCCAAGAAUUCAGCUUUGCUGUGCCUAAUGGGGGUCUCCUUCCUUACCCAGGACUCCUUUCUUCUCCUUGAAUAUUUAUGUCCAUUUUAAUGCUUUCUGGUUCCAAGAGGGAUGUGCUUCUGUUAUUUCCUUCACAGCUCUGGUGUUUGUCAGACAUUUAUUUUGUUGUCUUUUUAACCCAACAAACCUCUGCUCAGGAAGUGGGGGCUGCAUUCAUUAGGCCUCAUAGUUUUACUUUUCCUUGUCAUUUAACUAGUUUCCUAUCUAGUUUCCAGAUUGGCACUGUCUCAGAAAGAAGGGUUUGUGCUGAAACUGCUUCCUGAAAGUUCUGCCGUUGCCUAAAACUACUUCUGAAAGUGGGUAGGGAAAGGCAUACUUUCCCAGGGAUUUAAGGGUAUAAGGCUUUGGAAAUGGGACAGGUCUUUCAGGCCCACAGCAUGACACCCUAAAGAAAUAGUAUAUUUGUUUCCCAGGAAGGUUUUUGCCGCUUGACUGACUGAAGGAUGCAGAGGUGACAUUGUAGGCUGUAUCCAGAUGAUCAAAGCUAGUUUGACCAGUUUGAAUCUCAGACAUUUCAUCCCUUUGGCCAUUGCCAUUGAUGAAACUGAGAUCUGCAAUCUGAUCUAUGGUCUUUCCUCUCCACGGACUUAGCCUUUAUGAUUGACCUCUUCAACUUAAAGAUUCUGUAUUUCACAGAUAGUUUCUUGAGUAAAUCCAACAUUACAAAAUAUUAGUAAUGUAAACAGUGUGAAAUUUUAUGUCCCAUCCAAGGAUUGGAUUCCUUUUGGAGACUGACAUGCUGGUCUCAGGAAUUCCACUAGGAGCAGAUUAGUUCUAAGAGUUAAAGUCUGGAGUGGCCCUUGGAAUCUUGAAUUAAAUGAGUCCCUCUUUCCCUUACUGACCCAAUUUUACACUCCGUUUCUCAUUUUUUCCCCAUGCUGGUCCGCCUCAAAGUCUCAAGACCGAGGUGACUCAAGGAAACAGCAUAACAUCCACAAUUACUGUAACUUUCCCAUCCUUAUUCUCCCCCCAGCCAUAACCCUCUCCAACUUCCCCUGGUCUUCACAUAUGCCCUCAGACCUUACUUUUGGAAGUAGGGAGGUGGAACUUGGAUAAAUGACUAUUUGUAUACAGGCUCAGCACACACGGUCCAAUUCUUCAGAGGCCAUAUUUCUCAGCAAGUAUGGAGAAGUGCUACAUACAUGGCUGUAUUCUUUUAUAUAAGGAAGAUCAUAAAUGUUGAAAAUUCCACUAAGCCACUUGAUUCUUUUUGCUUACCCAGUUCUGAUUUUUGUAGUAAUUAACUGGAUCCCUUUAGUAAAAGAUUCAGUUCUUUGCACCUCAUCUUAUAUCCAGAGAAGAUUCCAUUCAGCAGAUACAUGGACUCUAAUCUAUUAUGUUCCUACACCAAAAAUCAUAAUAUCCUGAUUCUCAGCAAAGCCUUGCUCUCUGUGGAGCUUAAUAUAUGCCAGUACUUACAGAGUAUACUCUGCCUUGUCAUAGUAAAGAGGCCCAUUCAAAUAAAAAAGGAGCCACACUGGGCUUCUAAGUUAGGUUGCCAGUGUUGCUGUCUGUGAUGAGGUUAUCUGCCUCUGUGUUUCAAGUGAACUCUCUUCUUACACUCUGGGAACCCUAUGUCAGCAACCAUUAAGAAGGAGGAGGCCCAGGUUUCCUAAGUAUUUGUGUUCUGUCUUAGUUUUGGAAAUCUGGUCAUUAUUCCCUCCACCCUUGGAAUCAGAGCAAAUGUGUCUUCUUCCAACUUCUCACCUUAGAUGCAUCUUAGCUGUCUAUCUGGAAACAUGGGAAAGAAGGCUAAUUAUCCCUGUCACCUUGCCUGUGAGGAUACAUACUAUUUUCUCUACAAUGAAUUUGUGCUAGUUUUCAAGACCUUUUUUGCCUUCUUAAUGGAAAUAGUUUUCUUUUCCUCAAAAAAACAUAUAUCUAGUCUACUUCCCUCUGCCCUCCUGCCCCCUUACUCCCACCCUCCCAUACGAGCACGGCUCCCCAGCCACACACUCCUGCAAAGCUUUUUUGCUGCUUAGCUUUUCUCUAAACAGAUCUGAAAUUGCUGCUCCUGUGGUUUUCCCCAAAUUAACUUUGUCAUGGUUUAAAAAAGGAAUUAAAAUGCAAAAUUGUUGCAUUAAGCUUUUUUAAUAAAGGAAAAUUACAGAAGGAAAAUAAGCAACACCAGCAAAUUGUAUGUGGACAAAUUCUAAACUAUAUACACACAUAUAUAUACAUAUAUAUAAUAAUAAUCUAGUUCUGUCAUCUUACUGAAAGGAAUAAAACCUUUAAGGAUCACCAUUUCUGAGAAGCUCUUGGAAAUCUUUAUGUCUAAGUGACUGUAUUAGAUCAGCAAUAAUGACUAUGUAAUCUCAAAACACAAAUAAAAUAUUCUUAAAAUGGA